AUGAAAAGAAGAGAGGACGAUAAGGAGGUGUUUGGGAGCAUUCUCAGCAACUUGGAGAAAGGACAAGGACUGCCUGAAGCUGGGGUUGUGAACCAACCAGUGCCUUUGAAGGAGGCAAUGGAGGAAGAGUCAAGGAGAAGCGCUCUGGACAUUUUGGAUCCUAAGGAAACUGCUAAUGCAGAAUCCUAUGAGGGACCCAUCAGGGUCGCUUUGGAGGAAGCGGCGGCAGAGAGGCAGCUUGAAGGGGCUGAAGAGAAGAAGAAGAAGAAGAAGAAGAGCAAAGAGAAGAGGGAUGAAGAAGAUGAGCAAGCCCAUCGAAGGUUCAAAAGAGAGCCCGAGGUAACCAAGGAACUUAUAGAGAGAAAGAUUCCUAAACGACCAAGUCCUACCACAUAUCUAUUUCCUGCAUAUGAAUCUUCAUCUGAGUCUCCCACUCCACCCAUACCAGAAUGUGAGUCUUCCACUCCACCUAUACCAGAGCUUGAGUCUCAGUCUUCUUCUUCUACUGCACUCUCAUACCUACCAUCUGUCCCUGAUGUUGAUCAUGAUCCUGCACUUGUUUGUCGGUCUGCCCGGAUCCAUUAUGAUGGAUCUAUCGAACGUUAUAAGGCUCAUCUGGUGGCCAAAGGAUAUUUACAAGAAUAUGGUAUUGACUAUGAAGAAACCUUCGCUCCAGUUGCACGAAUGACAUCUGUCGGGAGCCUAUUGGUCGUAGCAGCUACCAGUGGCACACUACUUGAGGAAGUGUAUAUGCAGCCACCACCUGACGUAUCUUCUCUACCAAAUAAGGUUUGUCUUCUUCAUCAUGCCAUUAUAUGGACUCAAACAAGCUCCUCGUGCCUGGUUUACAAUCAGUUCUACUAUUACCAACUUGGAUUUUCCUCCAGUACUCAUGACUCUACCUUGUUUAUUCGGAAAACUUCCCGUGGAAUUGUUCUCCUCCUGUUAUAUGUGGAUGAUAUGAUCAUUAUUGGUGAUGAUCCUCGGGCUAUUUCAAAUCUCUAA